AUGGAUCCUGUAAGCAUCGCCGCAGCUGUUGCGGGUACGACGGCACUAGCCUACGCCAAUGCGAAAUGGCGCCUAAAGGAUGAUAUCCUAGGCCUAUAUCGUGUCAAAAAGGGCGAACGGGCGGCUCUCCAAGCUGCCAGUGAUGGGCGUCUUAGCAGUUUCCUAUUAUUCGAAGAAACCGCCAACAAAUACCCGGACAUGGUGGCUAUUUGGUCCCGCGAGCGGUCGUACACGUAUCGAGAAGUAUUCGCAAAGGCGUCACAGUUGGGACACUAUUUCCUCUCGCUUGGAGUCAGACCAGGGCAGCUAGUGGCCAUGUACAUGACCAACAGCCCGGAGUUUCUGUUUGUGUGGCUGGGUCUUUUGAGCAUUGGGUGUGCCCCAGCGACACUCAACUAUAACUUGAACGGCGAAGCGCUUAUCCACUGUCUGAAAGUACCCCAGGCCAAGUUCAUAGUCUUGGACGAUGAUGUUGGAUGCCGCCAGCGGAUCGACGAGAAUCGAUCGACCAUUGAAGACGAACUGGGUCUAAAGAUCUUGCCACUAGGCGAGACCAUGAAAGCCAUCCAAACAUUCCCCGAAACCGCCCCAGAUGUGCAGUACCGCAUGAACGUACCUGAAAACUUCCCUGUUUCCCUGAUAUACACUUCCGGUACAACCGGGUUACCAAAGGGCUGCGCCUUCACGACACACCGCUUCUAUUUCGGCGUGUUCGCCCGCGUGGCCUUUGGUGCAUCGACCACCCCGGGACCAGAUGGAGACAGAUGGUACAACUGCAUGCCUUUGUACCACGGCACCGGCGCCAUCAUAACCAUGACGAUGCUGGUCAGCGGUGUCUCCGUGGCCAUAGGCAAGAGAUUCAGCGCGAGGAACUUCUGGACCGACGUCCGCGAUUCUGAAGCUACCUGGUUCAUCUAUGUUGGCGAAACAGUGCGCUAUCUGCUCAACAACCCGCCCUCAAACAGUGACAAGGACCACAAGGUGAUUGGCAUGUACGGCAAUGGGUUGCGUCCGGAUGUGUGGGAGCGCUUCCGCGACCGAUUUGGCAUCAAGACGGUGUCCGAGUUCUUCAAUAGCACCGAGGGCAUGUUCGCCCUCAUCAACACGAACCACGGGCCUUACUCUGCCGGUGCAGUCGGUAAUCACGGUCUUCUCCUGCGUCUCGCCUUUCGCAAUCAUUACAUCCCCGUCGCCAUCGACCACGACACGGGCGAUAUCUGGCGUGACCCCAAGACCGGAUUCGCCAAGCGCCAGGCGUACGAAGAUGGAGGCGAAAUCCUGGUUGCCGUACCAGCCAAAGAGGCCUUUCAGGGAUACUGGCGCAACGGUAAAGCCACAGACAAGAAAUUCGCGCAAGACGUGUUCAAAAAGGGCGACAUUUACUACCGGUCCGGCGACGCGUUGCGCCGUCUGCCCGACGGCCGCUGGUACUUUAUGGACCGGUUGGGCGACACGUUCCGGUGGAAGAGUGAGAAUGUCGCGACAGCCGAAGUCGCCGAAGCCCUGGGUAGAUAUCCCGGUGUUGCCGAGGCCAACGUGUACGGCGUGCUAGUACCCAACCACGAAGGGCGCGCUGGAUGUGCGGCGAUUCAGGUUGCUGAUGAGAAGACUUUUGACUGGGCGGACUUUGCGCGGUACGCCCAGGACAAACUCCCUCGUUAUGCGGUACCUGUGUUUCUGAGGCUGGUCAGGGCUUCAUCGCAUAUUCAUAACAAUAAGCAGAACAAAGUGCCGCUGAGAGCCGAGGGCGUCGAUCCAGCCCUGAAAGGGACCAAGGAGCCCGAGGGUAAAGAGGAUAGAAUGUUGUGGCUGGCGCCGGGGACAGAUAAGUAUGAGGAUUUUGGCGCCAAAGAGUGGGAAAUCCUUGUCUCCAAGCAGGCUCAUCUGUAA